GUUCUUCUUUUUCUCCCCUUCUCUGCUCAAACCUUCUUCUUUAGCCUCAAUCUCUCUUUUCUCUCCAAAUUCUUCAUCUGGGUCUCUUUCAUUUUCUCGGAAAAUCUCUUUUUUCCGAGAAAGUUCACUUUUUUACUUCAAAAUUGAUACUAAAAUAAAUCGGUUGAUUCCACUGAAAUCACAAGUGAAGAUUAAGGUGUUCUGGUCUUUGACUCUGAUUUUGCUACAAUGGAGAUUAAGAACCAAGUAGAAGGCACGAAAUCGACUAUAAUCGAGACAGAAAGUAAGUGUCAUUCCGAAGGUGGAGAACAGCCGGAAAAUGUUGCGAAAUCGCAGGAUAUACCUUCUGUUGGAAAUGGAAACAACCUUACUCCCAAGGUGAGGAAACCGUAUACCAUCACUAAACAAAGGGAGAAGUGGACUGACAAAGAGCAUCAAAAGUUCGUCGAUGCUUUGAAAUUGUAUGGUCGUGGCUGGCGUCAAAUUGAAGAACACAUAGGAACCAAAACCGCGGUUCAGAUUCGAAGCCAUGCUCAAAAGUUUUUCUCUAAGGUUGUGCGCGAACAUGAUGGCAGCGCCGAAAGUUCUAUUCAACCGAUUGUCAUACCUCCUCCUCGGCCUAAGAGAAAACCCCUUCAUCCGUACCCCCGCAAAUCAGUUGACUCUAUCAAAGGACAGCCCGUUCCAAACAAAUCAGAAACAUCUCCAUCAGUUAAUCUGUCAGUUGCAGAAAAUGACACUCAAUCUCCAACCUCUGUACUAUCUGCAUUUGCUUCCGAAGCAUUUGGGUCGGCAACAUUUUCUGAGCAGACUAACAGAUGCCUUUCUCCAAAUUCUUGCACCACCGAGACUCACCCGAUCAACUUGUCGCCUGUUGAAAAAGAAAAUGAUUGCAUGACAUCCAAACCAUCUGAGGAGGGAGAGAAAGAAUCUCUAGCCACAGUUCCUUUAUCUACCGACUCAAAGCCACUUAUUUGCAUGAAGUCCGAGAUUAGUUCCUCUCAGGAAACUCAAUGUUUCAAAGAAGAUGCUGCGAAUAAACAACACAUCACUAGUAUCAAGCUGUUUGGUAGAACAGUCUCCAUGAUUGAUAAUCAGAAACCGAUGAAGGAAGAUGAUGAUGAUAAUACUAAGCCGAUAACUAUCAAAUCUGAUGAUGAAACGAACAAUGUUGAGAAUGAGAAAGUUGGUCAAGAAGGGAUAUCAGGGCAACUUGAAACACAAUUAUCGCUAACCAUGUGUAAUGGUAUGGAAAACCCGAAUGAAAAUCAGUGCGUAGGCGAGUGUGCAGCUGAUGUAUCGAGGUGGAGUUUGUACCAAGGCCUUCCAGCUGUCAACUUCAAGACAUCCUGCAAUCAUCAGAUUCUUAAUCCUGUGCCACUUAGGCCAUUUUUGAAGGUAAGAACAAGAGAAGAAGAAAGUUCUUGCACUGGUUCUAAUACUGAAUCAGUUUGUGAUAACACUGUUGAUUCUCAAACUCAAAAACAUCAUCAGAAAUCAGGGAGAGGGUUUGUACCAUAUAAAAGAUGUUUAGCUGAAAGAGAUGAAAAUUCUUUAAUUGUUGCUUUUGAAGAGAGAGAGGGACAAAGAGCUCGCGUUUGUUCAUAAUGGACCCGGAUUCCCUGCAGUAAGAAGUUCACUCACGAAAUUUUGCGCAGUUGUUAAUCUCAAUCAUUAAUCUGAGAUCAGACGGUUUAGAUCGAAAACUGUGUCAAUUAAAAUGAUCUCGACGGUUGAUGUGAAUUCAGACGACUUAAGUCGGUUACAUCAUCAUGAAUAACUGCAGGAAAUCCGAUUCUGUUCAUAAUAGCUUUUCUGUUCCAAUUUUUUGUUUACAUGGUUUCAUUGUGUUUGUUAAAAAAAACUUCCAUAGAAAUAAGGAACUGGUUUAGGUAGCUGUGAUCUAAUUGUCAAGUAUUUGAUUGUCAAUUCUUUUUGCAAUGUUUUCUACAUGAUCUUUGAUCUUCUGUAAUACCUUCUUCCACACUUUGAUGUCCUAUAAUUCUUCUGCUGUAUCAUUUUACAGUUUAACCAAAUAGGGACACAUACCAGCAAAUCUUUUGUUAAUUUCUA